CGGCGGCCCCGCCGGGCCCGGGCGGGCCGGGGGCGCUGGCGGCGAUGGCGGCGCGGGGCGCCGAUGCCGAGGCGCUGUUCGAGGCCCACACGGCGGCCGAGCUGCGGGCGGUGGAGCGGCGGCUGCGCGCCGGCAUCGAGCAGAAGCGGGAGGAGCUGCGGCAGAUGGUGGGCGAGCGCUACCGCGACCUCAUCGAGGCGGCCGACACCAUCGCCGAGAUGCGGCGCAGCGCCGAGCGCCUGCUGGGCGCCGUGCGGGGGCUGCAGCGGGGCGGCUCGGCCCGGCCCGACCCCCCUCCCGCGGUGCAGCCCCCGGCCCAGCGCGGUUUCUACGGGGCUGCGGCUCAGCUGAAGCUGCUGCUGGAGGUGCCCGAGCAGGUCUGGGGGGCGGUGGAGGGGGGUCGGUACCUGCCGGCCGCCCGGCUGCACCUGCUGGGCGCCCACCUGCGCCGGCAGCUCCAGCUGGACGCCCCCCGCGCCCGCAGCAGCCCCGUCCUCGCCCGCUUCCCCAUCCUGCUGCGCCAGGUGGCCGCCGCCAGCCACCUCAGAUCCACCAUCCUGCAGCAGAGCAAGGCCCUGCUGCGGGCGCGGGCGGUGUCGGACCAGGCGGUGGCCGAGGCCCUGUGUGCCAUCAUGCUGCUGGAGGACAGCUCCCCACGCCAGGCCCUGGCUGACUUCCUGCUGGCCAGGAAAAUGGCCAUCCAGCAGCUGCUCAACCAGCCACACCACGGUGCAGGUAUCAAGGCUCAGGUGUGUUCCCUGAUGGAGCUGCUCACCACCACCCUGUACCAGGCUCAUGCUCUGUUCUACACCGUGCCUGAGGGGAUGUCCCCGGACCCAGCCCUGCCCUGUGGAUUGCUCUUCUCCACCCUGGAGAGCACCACAGGCCAGCACCCUGCAGGGAGAGGGGGGGUCCUGGAGGAGGACUUGAAGCUGAGCAGCUGGUUCAAGUACCUGCCGGAGUCCGUGGUGGAAUUCCAGCCAGCCCUGCGGACCCUGGCACACCCCAUCAGCCAGGAGCACCUCAGGGAGACCCUGCAGCAGUGGAUCAGCAUGUGCAGCGACGACAUCAGGGCCGGUGUCAGCAGCCUGCUGGUGUACGUGAGGAGCAUGAAGGGGCUGGCAGGGAUCCGAGAUGCCGUGUGGGAGCUGCUGUCCAGCGAGUCCGGCAGCCACAACUGGGAGGCCGUGUGCCGGCGGCUCCUGGACAGGCCCGUGUCCCUCUGGGAGGAUCUGCUGCAGCAGCUCUUCCUGGACAGGCUACAGACUCUGACCAAAGAAGGGUUCGACUCCAUCUCCAGCAGCUCCAAGCAGCUGCUCGCGUUAGCCUUGCAGGAACUGGAAGUCCAGCCGGGCAGCUCUGCCCUGAGCAAGCAGAUCCAGCUGGAGCACAACGUGGCGCUGUUCCUGUGGUCGGAGGGCCCCGGGGACCUGCCUGCGGACGCGGCGUGGGUGAGCGUGGGGCAGCGCGGGCCCUUCGCCCGCAGCGGGCUGGCCAUGAAGGCGCAGGCGCUCACGCCGUGCGUGCAGAGCUUCUGCUCGGCCCUGGACUCCAAGCUGAAGGCCAGGCUGGAUGAUCUCCUGUCCUACCUCCCCGCGGAGCCCUCGGUGCCCGCGGAGCCGGCGGCGCGGCCGCGCUCCGCCUUCGACCGCUUCGCCGACGCCGGCACCGUGCGGGGGCUGCUGCGCGACCACUGCGGCGCCUGCGUCCAGCACCUGCUGGGCUGCGUCAGGGAGGAGCUGCAGAGCGCCCAGGGCCUGCUGAGGGGGCAGCUGGGCCCCCCUGGCAGUGCCGGGCUCAGCGCCAUCCUGUUCAUGGCCAGGCUGUGCCAGGCCCUGCCCGAGCUGUGCCCCCACCUGCAGCGCUGUGUCCUGGGCCCGGCGGGCGGCGCGGACACGGCGCCCAAGGAGACGCGCUCCACCAAGAAGCUGGGGAAGGGGAAGGCCCAGGAAGUGACCCCCGAGCAGGCCAAGUGGCAGGGGCUGAAGGCAGAGCUCCUGCAGCAGAGCCUGUUGGCUUAUCAGAUCUGGAGCUCGGCUGUCACCAAAAGUCUGGUUCAGGGCUUCACCCACACGCUGCUGCUGGACACGGCUGGUUCUGUCCUGGCCACAGCCACCAGCUGGGAUGAAAUUGAAAUCCAGGAGGAAACUGAGUCCGGGAGCAGCGUAACGUCAAAGAUCCGGCUGCCCGUGCAGCCCUCCUGGCAUGUGCAGUGCCUCCUGUUCAGCCUGUGCCAGGAGGUGAACCGGGUGGGUGGCCACACUCUUCCCAAGGUGACCCUGCAGGAGCUGCUGAGGACCUGCAUGGCAGAGGUGCUCGCUGCCUACGAGAAGCUCAUGGAACAGAAGCAGGAGAAGAAGGUGGACACCUUCCCCCUGACCCAGACCAGAGCUCUGCAGUUGCUCUACGACCUGCGGUACCUCAGUAUCAUCCUGACGGCCAAGGGUGAGGAGGGGAAGCCCGGCAGGAUCAAGCAGGACUCUGGGAUUGAGAAGGUGAUUGACUUCCUGGAGGGACACAUCGAUCCCUUCGACUUGGACGUUUUCACUCCACACCUGAACAGCAACUUGAACCGCCUGGUCCAGAGAACCUCCGUUCUCUUUGGCUUGCUGACGGGGACAGAGAACCAGUACACGAGCCGGAGCGGGGCACUGAGCUCCCAGGAGCUGCACAACAUCCUGCCCUUGGCAUCCAGCCAGAUCAGGUUUGGACUCCUGCCGCUGAGUAUGUCGAGCUCACGGAAGAGCAAGUCCACUGCCAGGAGCACGGAGCGAGUCCAGUGGGACGCUGCCCUCUAACCCCGAGGAGCCCGGCCCGGUACCUCAGCCUGUGUGAGGGUGUGUGCUGCUCUCGCAGAGGCUCCGCUCUGUCCUGUGGCUGAGCUGUAGCAGACAAGCCUUGUGUUGCUACGUUUCCCCCAGUUUAAAAUAUCUGCUCAGACGGGAGCUCUGUGUGCUGAGUGAGAGACAAGGAAUACUCACUGCUGUGGGAAGCAGGAAUUUCCUUUAGUUAUUACCAACCCAAUAAUCCAUCUAUGGUGGUCUUGGCAAGUGGGCCAAGUGGGUGAGUCUUGACAAGAGUCAGGACAGGAGUUAAAGAUCUGGUUUUAUCACAUGAGAUGAUGUUCAAUUCAUUCUGCAACUCUCCUUUCUCAGAACCAUUCAGGACCAGACACAGCAUAAGGGUGGUUUAAAAGCCCAAAGCUUCCCAGUAAAGGUACUCCUUACCUCUCACACCUCAGCUGGAGUGGAGCAUAGAAGUGUGCAGUGAUGUGUGGCUCUCUCCUGUCACUCCUCUCACCUGUAUCCUGUGCCAGCCACCCUUCUCCAAAUCCCUGACAGCUGCCUGUUCCCUCUUCAAUGCUAAAUCACUCCUGCAGAGGUUCAAAUCUAUAGUUCUCCACGAUGAGCUCUCUGCAAGGGCAACAGCCGUGCUUCUACCACGCUGUUAUCCUUUGCUCUGAGGGCAGCAGCCCCUUCCCUGCAACUCAGAGUGUUGAUGUGGGGUUUGUUGAGCACUCAGUGCCACCUGCCAAGUUCCCUGGCUGCUAACAACAGCCAGGUGCUGCUGUCCCUGUGUCUGUCUGUCACUAACCCCCAGCAGCAACACCACGCCGGUCGCGGGUCAGGUUGCCUGGGAAGAGCUGUUCCUGCUGUGGGCUACGCCUUGCAGCUCCUGUGGCUGAGGGUCUGGAGCAAGUCCCAGGUUUGCUGUAACAGUUAUAGUCACUUCUGUGUUUAAAAACUGCCAGGUUGCAGCUCCUGUGCUCCCCAGAGAAGAUGAGGCCUCCCGCCCGGGCUCCCUGUUCAGGCAGCUCGUCACCGAGGACGAGGACACGGCGGCGCCUUCUCUCUUCAAGCUGGGCUGGCUCUCGGGCAUGACCAAGUGAGGCAGCAGCAAAUAAAACGCUGGGCUGUG